AUGUCUGACUACGAAGAUGAUGAUAUGGACGUUGAUGCGCCCGCGGCGCAAGACACUGUAAUGUUCAGUUCUGACAACACCAAUUCCAAGGGCAAGAGGAGCGCAGCAAACCUCCCCGUUGAAGCAGAAGACAGUCUGCCAUGGGUUGAAAAAUAUCGCCCAGACACCCUCGAAGACGUCUCCGGCCACCAAGACAUCCUCGCCACAAUCACCAAAUUCGUUGACACAAACAGGCUUCCUCAUCUCCUCCUCUACGGCCCUCCGGGAACGGGAAAGACAUCCACAAUUCUUGCCCUCGCCCGCCAGAUCUACGGCUCCAAGAACAUGCGCCAGAUGGUGCUCGAACUCAACGCCUCGGACGACCGCGGCAUCGACGUAGUCCGCGAGCAGAUCAAGACGUUUGCCAGCACGAAGCAGAUCUUCACCAUGAACAAGACGUCCACGUCUGCCUCGAUGCCCACGUACAAGCUGAUCAUCCUGGACGAGGCUGAUGCCAUGACCUCCACAGCCCAGAUGGCAUUAAGACGGAUCAUGGAGAAAUAUACGGCGAACACACGUUUCUGCAUCAUUGCGAAUUAUACGCACAAGCUCAGUCCGGCGCUGCUCAGUCGCUGUACACGGUUCAGGUUCAGUCCGUUGAAGGAGGCGGAUAUUCGGGUUUUGGUGGACAAGGUUAUCACGGAGGAGAAUGUGCAGAUCAAUGAGUCGGCGACAGAUGCGCUGGUGAAGUUGAGUAAGGGAGAUAUGAGAAGGGCAUUGAAUGUGUUGCAGGCAUGUCAUGCAAGCAGUACACCCCUCCACAUCAAAGGCACGCCCAAAAUCGCCGAGAAGGACAUCAAGCGCGACCUCAUCACGGAAACCACUAUCUAUGAAUGCAUCGCCUCUCCGCACCCAGAAGACAUCUCCAAGAUCCUCAACACCUUGCUCAAGACUCCCGACGUCACGACGUGCCUGACGAUGAUCAAUGCCUUAAAAGCCAGCCAAGGUCUGGCGUUGGCGGACAUCAUUACAGCCUUGAGCGAAGAGCUGACCAAGCUGGAUGUUCCGGCGCCGGUGAUGAUUACGUGGCUGGAUGGCUUGGCAGAGGUCGAGUAUAGGUUGAGUGGAGGAGGGGGGGAGGUCGUGCAGACAGGCGCUGUAGUGGGCGUUGUGAGGAACGGGGCGGAGCUCAUGGUCGGAGGUAAAUGA